AUGGCAAAAAAGAAGAAUAAACAGAUCAUCCGGCCAUGGUGUUGGUACUGCGAGCGUGAAUUUGAAGAUGAAAAAGUUUUGAUGCAGCACCAGAAAGCCAAGCACUUCAAGUGUAACAUGUGUCCAAGGAGGCUAAAUACAGCGGGAGGAUUGGCAGUGCACAUCCAACAAGUUCACAAACUUGAGCCUGAGAACCUUCCGCGUAUUGAAAAUGCACUACCUGGUCGAGAUGGAUAUGACGUCGAGAUUUUUGGGAUGGAGGGAAUACCUGCACCAGAUGUCGCUGAUUACAAGCGCCGCAAAGAGAUCGAACUUGGGCUGUCUGCGGGUUCGAUUUCCCAACCACCUCCAAAAAGAGCCAAGGUCGAAAAUCGCCCUCUUUCUGAAGAAGAACUACGCCGUCAACUUGCAGAGCACAAGGCACUGAUGGGGCUGAGUACCCAGGAAACAACGACCCCGGUGGAAACAAGCUCUGGUCCUGCUGUAUAUGGUGCACCUCAAACAUAUGCCACCCCUCCGAUUCCACCUCCUUUGGCAGGAAGCCCCCCUGUUCCUCCACCUGGUUUCUUUCCUGGCGGUCCGUCACCACCUCCUGGCUUUGGAGCUCCCCCGCCUUUCCCGCCCUUUAUGCCAGGCUUUCCCCCCGGUCCUCCUCCUGGGUUCCCUGUGCCUCCUGGUUUCCCUCCUGCUGCACCUCCUUUCCCCCCAGGUCUUGCUAGGCCCCCAUUCCCCGGACAGCCACCAUUUAUUCCACCUCCCGGAAUUCCAGGUGCACCCCCGGCCCUUCCGGGUGCUCCAAGUUUUUCUCCUCUUCCUCCUCCCCAGUUUGUUCCGGCGCAAAUAUCACAGAAUGCGUCCACCGCAGGUGUUCCACCCCAAGGUACACCAUUGCCACCUUCAUCAUCACAAACACCUCAAACAGCAUCGGAACCUCCUCGUGUAGAAGAAAGAACACGCCAACCAGUACUGUCCUUGCCCAAUGGUGCAAUACUGCAGACCAACCCCGAAUUCAAAAAGCCAACGGACCUCAAAUUCAAGGAUGCCAACUUCUCACCUGACGAACAUCGAGCUAUUCAUCCAAAGUAUUUCUGCGCAAAAUUAGCUGAAAAUCCAUCUCCUCAGGCCGAUGAGUCACGUGGGAAGAAACGUGCCAGAGCAGAAGAUUUCUUGUAA